AUGCAUUCUCAAAGUAUUCCUUUAUUUAAAGACAAUAACGACAUCUCUAAAGGAUUAUCUGACCAAUUUAGAAACAUUAUCUCACACUGUAACAAACCCCAUUUUAUUUGUAUUUGUAAUGACCAAGGAAGUAAUGAAAAUAUUAACAUAAAUCAAAUCAUUAAUGGGAUCUCAUCAAAUGAUUACUUUCAUUUACAAGAACCAUUGAAAGUUUCAAAUGAGACUUCCACAUCAGAAACAAAUAAGUGUAAUAUUAUUGGACCAAUUAUUGUAAGUGAUAUAGUAAAAAGAAACAAUUUAGAAGAACAAGAAUUUCAACAAAUUUUAAAUGAUGAAGUGUUCUUUAUUGAAAUUACAAAACUUAAACUAACUUCUAGUACAACACUGAAUAAUAUUACUGGAAUUCUUUCUAUUCUCCAGUUAUCUUCUGUAAGAAUUAUUCAUAAUACCAAUGAAAUAAAUGCAAGUGUAUUAGAAGAUAUAUCAUCAAUUGAUAAUCUCUCUUGUUUAUUACAAUUACAAGGAAUAAGAAAAGAAGGAAAAAGAGUUAUUUGUAUUUCAUCAGAUAUUAAAACUACUACAGAAAAAGAAGAUGAAGUAACUCUUAAAGAGACAGUCUUGAAUAAACAAAAACAUAUAAACAAUCAUCUUGUAAAUUUCUUCUCUACAAAGCCACAUCAAACAGAUUGUCUUUGUUUCUUACUUCCAUCAUGUUGUCCAGUUUCUCAAAGUCAAAUCAUUUGUAGAUUUUACAAAGAACAAAUGAGAAAUAUCAUUUGUGAAAUUCUUCAUGAAAUUCCAUCAAAUUGUAAGUCUGGUUCUUAUCUUCUUUCUUGUAUAGAAAUUCUUAUUGAGUGUUUCAAAUCAAUCAAUGAACUAAAUACUAAUAACAUCUUCAAUGAAAUAAAACGAUUACUCAAGAAAAAAUAUGUUACAACUAUUAGUUCAAUCAAUAUGAAAUUAGUUGGAAUGUUUUAUAAAAUGAACUUAGAUGAAAGAAUAACUGUCAUUGAAGAUCAAUCAAAGAUAAAGAAUCUUGUCUAUCAAAUUAUUGAAAAGGAAUUUAAUCCUAUUUGGGAUGUAUUACAGAUUAUUUAUGGUGAUCAACUCACUAAUGAAUUGUUUGAUUCUAUCUCAAUCACUUCAAAGUAUUUAGAAGAAUUUAUCUUGAAAGAUACUCAAAGGAUUAUUGAUGAUUUAAUUCAUUGUAACAGUUUUAGAUUAACACCAAUGUGGACAUAUCUUACACAAAUUCAAAUCAAAGAACAGUUUGAACAAAAUAAAUAUGAUUCAUUAAUUAACAAUUACUUAACACAGACACUAACAUUAAAUCAAAAAACACUUCAGUUCUAUUCAAAUAAAAAAUGUACAAGAAUAGAUGAAUUGAAACAUCAAUGCAUUGAGACAAUUAAGUUGAAAACCAAUGAAAUAUUAAAUGGAAAACAACAAUGGAGAGAUGUCUGUAUCAAAAUCCAAAAUUAUUAUCACAACUUAAUCAAUACUAUUGACAAAGAAUUACAAACAAAAGAUCUUUCUACUGUUCAUCAAGUAGAAUUAUAUCACCAAUACUAUCUUGGGGUCUUUAAAAGUAAUAGUGAAAUGUACACAGUUCAAAACAAACAAAUAAUAUUCAAUCAAAAUGAUUAUAAUAAAAUUCUUCAAGACACAUUCAAUGAAUUGAAUGAUUUAUUUGAUAAGAAAAAACAAAUUGCACAAACACUAGAACAAAAUCAUCUUAAAGAAGAAUUAGAACGGAAGAAAGAAGCAUUUAUUAGAAAAUUGACUAGUAAAUCUUAUUAUAUUAUGCCAUGUUGUACAACAAGAUUUGUCCUUGAUGCUAAAUAUUCUGAUUUCAAGAAUGGACAACCAAUUAAUUUAUAUUGGUCUCAUGGUAAUCAAAAUCAACACUUCCAAUUUAUUCAAAAGAAUGAUUCAUUCCAAAUAAAAAUAGGACAUAAUGGAUUUUUAGUACAUAGAUCUGACGUAUCUGAAGGAAGUGUUAUUCAUCAAUGGAAUGAUACAACAAAUAUUAACUCUUUCUGGAAAGUUAUUGAAAAUAAUGAUGGAACAAUUUCCUUUUUAAGUGUGAGUAAUGAAUCUCUUGCAUUUACUGCUGAUUCUGAUGAAUUAUUAGCUUCUUGUCAUACUCGUCAUUUCACAUGUUCUGAUUACCAAAAAUUUAAACUCUUAGAUACUCCAUUAAACAACCAACCAGUUGCUCCACCUCCUGAAAAUCAAGAAACACCAAAACGUCAAAUUCAAUUUUUCCAAACUCCUAAGUAUGUUGAUCUUUCAAUUGUUGAUGCCUUAAAGAGUAUUCAUGCAGACAGUUCCUUUUCUUAUAGAGAAAGAAUUGCACAAGUUAAUAACAUCCAAGGGUAUUGUGGAACUGGUCCUCAAAAUGACCAUAUGAGAAAGUUGUUAUACCAAGGACGAUUAAUAAAACCAUAA